AUGCCGUCCACCACCACGCUUCCCGUCAACAAGUCCCACGCCACGUUCUUCUCGUCCCAGAUCAACCCCAACAGCUCCUCCACCAACUUGUCCCAGCUCGCCAGCCAGCGCUCUACCGUCCACGCACCCAGACCCAACAAGCACAUCAGCCUCUCCAACAACAAUCACUUUCUGUCGUUCCAGCUCCCGAUCACGCCUCCUAUCUCAAAUGCUUCUACUCCCAUCAGAGAAGUGGAGACUCCAGCGUCUGCUUGGGCGUUUCUCCCGCCCAUGGACAUCAAGAUCACCGUUCUCUGCAUCUCAUGGUACCUUGUGUCCAUCAUCUCCAACAACUCCACCAAGAUGAUUCUUUCGCGCUUCCUGUACCCCAUCACUCUCACCCAGUGCCAGUUUCUUCUCAACCUGGCACUUUCAGUGGUGUUACUUGCAGCAGUUUCGGCACGGCCCCACUGCCGCAACUACUUCCCCAAAGGCGUGCUUCCUAACACGCCUUCAGUGUCGCCUAUGGAUGCCAUCACCGCGUUCUUGACCCCCACCACCCUCAUCAUUAGCACCACCGUGCCCAUGGGAUGCUUCCAGUUCGUGGGCCACUUGUCCUCGCACAAGGCCACCCUGCUCAUCCCCGUCUCAUUGGUCCACACCAUCAAGGCGUUGUCGCCGUUAAUCACCGUUCUCAUCUACCGCAUGCUUUUCAAAAUCAAGUACAAAAUCGUAACCUACGUCACUCUCGUGCCGUUGAUCGUGGGCAUCAUGUUGACGUGUUACAAGCCCAAGAAGGCUGCUGCGUCAACCCCCUCCUACUACUUUACGGGACUUGUGUACGCGUUCAUCUCCAUGCUCAUCUUCGUGUCCCAGAACAUCUUUGCCAAAAAGAGACUCACCAUCGAGAAAGACGACAAAGUGCACAUUCUUCCCACCAGUAAGGAUGCCGAGGACUCCACCCGCAACAAAAAGGUGGACAAGUUAACCAUCUUGUUCUACUGCUCGAUGAUCGGGUUCGUGUUCACGCUCCCCAUCUACCUCGUGGCCGAGUUCACGUCUCCCAGCAUUUCAUUUCUCCAAAUCGGACCCACCACCGGCUUUCUCAUCGUGCUCAACGGGGUGUCCCACUUCUUGCAGUCGUUGCUUGCAUUCCAGAUCUUGGGUGCCAUGUCGCCCAUCAACUACUCCAUCGCCAACAUCUUGAAGAGAAUCAUCAUCAUCGUCAUUGCCUUCCUCUGGGAGAACAAGAACUUCACCAACCUCCAGGCCACUGGUCUCUGUUUGACCAUUUUGGGGUUGUACUGCUACGACAGAUGGGGAACAAACCACCACUAA